UGGACGCACGGACGUGCCUGCUUUCUCGGGCGUGCUAGGCGCUAUCCAUCCUGAGCCGCCAUAACCACCGCCUGCUAGUGCAGCCAGCAAGCCGCUCGCCACGCGCGCGACGCCGUGUUUGGCCCCCACCGCCGUUCGGCCGCCUUCCCUGCCGCCGGUCCGCCGUACUCUUCUUCGCUAGACUGCUCCCCUUCUCCAUCGAUCACUUGCUCCACUACGCGCAAGACGCAACCGUGCCUACGGCCUGCUAGUGCCUAACUUCCUCCCCCUCUCUAUGCGUGCCACUCCAGGCGUCGAGCUCGCCUCUGCGGGACCGUAGCCCCCACCCCUCAUUGGCUCUCUGCGCGAGCGUGAUCGCGCCUCCGCAUCCCAUGUUCAGUGGAGCCCUAAAGGUAAUGCAAAUCCAUUCACAUUCCAUUUUGGGUUUCCACACAACCGAUCUAUAUAUUAGACAAAACACAAAAUCGAUUUAGUAUUCUUUAUUCCAAGUUCUGGCUACCGAUGCUGGAGGAUUUGGAAAGGCGCUGUUUGAUUAGAAGACGAGCAUCCUGACAAGUGGGUACCUAUAUCCUGUAUGGGCCAUUUUCUGGUAGCAGUUUGUUUCGCAUCUCCAUGUAUUUCUCAAUUUGGAGACUGGAGAGAGAACAACAGAGAGAAACUGAUGUUGAGGAGAACCAUAGAAGUAAUUGGUUAGGCUUGAGAUUAGGAAUUUGGCAAACAGGUUGUGUUUCUACGAAGAUCCAAAAUUCCUUGGACCAAAAGCUUCAGCUUCCAAUAGUCGUUAAGGGCCUUGUACUGCGAACUCUGGACAAAGUUUCAUGCUGCUACAAAGUGCUCUGCAUACCUGGUGAGUGUUUAAUCAAUCUCGGUGCUGAUUUGUUAGUUUUCUUUAAGAGGGAGUUGCCGAGCUUUCUCAACAAUAGCGAUCGUGGAAGGCGUCAACCAGAUUGUGGAUGUUGAAACUAUUCUAUCUACUUUUGGAUCUAAGUUAUAGGAUAUUUGAACAUUUUAAUGUUUGAUACCUGGAUGCUUUAUGCUUAUAUGUGGAUGCUAGAAAAAGUUGUGUACACAUGUUUUUGACAAAAUUGUACGCACGAUUUGGAUUGCAUUCAAUUGAAUGAUCAUUUUAUUAA